CUUCGCGCGCUGAUUGGCUGGCGGCGCAGAUAAAGCCCCGGAGCUGGGGAGGCGGCUGGCAGACGGCGCGGGGCGCCCCGGGGUGAGCAGCGUCUGUAUGCACACACCGGUCCUCACCCCGGAGCGCGUGCGGCGGCGGCUGCGGGCCCACAAUGUGACGCGGGAGCAGUUCAUCGCCCUGUACGGGCUGCGGCCGCUGGUGUCCGCCCCCGAGCUGCCCGGUCGUGCCAAGCUGGCCGUGGGGCUCCUGUGCGGCCUCAUCUGUACCCUGGCGCUGGCGGGCAACGGGCUGGUGCUCUACGUGCUGAGCCGCCGCCGCGCCCUGCGCAGCGCCACCAACAUCUUCCUGGGCUCCUUGGCGCUCAGCGACCUGCUCAUCGCCCUCUUCUGCGUGCCCGGCACCCUGCUGCAGAGCCUCGCCUCCAGCUGGCCCGGCGGUGCCUUUGCUUGCAAGAUGGUGCCAUUUGUUCAAUCCACCGCAAUUGUUACUGAGAUUCUUACAAUGACCUGCAUUGCUGUGGAAAGGCAUCAGGGAAUUGUGCAUCCUUUAAAAAUGAAAUGGCAGUACACAAACAGAAGAGCUUUCACAAUGCUUGGCAUAGUCUGGUUGUUGGCAGCUAUUGUUGGGUCACCUAUGUGGCAAGUGCAGCAACUUGAGGUUAAAUAUGAUUUCCUAUAUGAAAAAGAGUAUGUUUGCUGCUUAGAAGAGUGGACCAGCCCUGUUCAUCAGAAGAUAUAUACCACCUUCAUUCUUGUUAUACUGUUUCUCCUUCCACUGAUGCUGAUGCUCCUCUUGUACAGUAAGAUUGGUUAUGAACUCUGGAUCAAGAAACGAGUGGGAGAUGCUUCAGUUCUUCAAACCAUUCAUGGAAACGAAAUGUCUAAAAUAUCAAGGAAAAAGAAGAGAGCAAUUGUUAUGAUGGUGGUGGUGGUGGUUUUGUUUGCUGUCUGCUGGGCUCCUUUCCAUGUAAUUCACAUGAUGAUGGAAUACAGUAACUUUGAAAAUGAAUAUGAUGAUGUCACAAUCAAGAUGAUCUUUGCUAUUGUUCAGAUCAUUGGAUUUUUCAAUUCUAUUUGUAACCCUAUUGUAUAUGCUUUUAUGAAUGAGAACUUCAAGAAAAAUUUCCUCUCUGCAAUCUGCUUUUGUAAUGUCAAAUACAACCCAUCUUCUUCUAAGCGGCAUGGAAACUCAAGAAUGACUGUGAUGCAGCAAAAAGCAAGUUGUUUUCACAGAGAGCCUACUUCAGAGGAGCCUAAGAGGGAAGCUUUCAGUGAUGGCAAUAUUGAAGUCAAAUUCUGUGAUCAGCCAGUUGCAAAAAGGAGUAUGAAAAGGCACCUUGCUUUGUUUUCCUCUGAAUUUGCUGUGCACUCUGCAUUAGGAAAUGGCCACUAAGAUCAUGAACAGUGGGUUUUUAUUAUACAAGAAUCACUUCUUGUAGGGCUUUGAUAUAUUUGAAUGAGCCAUUUGUUUUUCUACCUUGCAUGUUGAUGUGAGAGAGAAUAUUAUUGUCUGGUUUAUAAUGUUGAGCUAUAGUUGCAAAACUAAUAUAUUUUACAGGGAUUGGAAAUAAAACUUUGGAAAACUUGUUCCAUUAUGAUUAUUAAAAAAUAGUUUCCUUUUAUAAAUGAAACUUUGAAUUUUACCCCAAAAGGAAGCAAAUUGGCUCUGCUUCUGUGCCCCUGAUCUUACCAGUCGUGGGUUCAUGCACUCCUGGAUGUACAGUUUGCCUAAAGCUGACAUUGUACAUACUGUAGGUUGGUCAUGGGUGUAGCAUGGUCCAACUUAAAAUUUCAGGGGACAGUGUUGAGAUGUAUCAGCUGUGUUGUGCUAUUGAAGCAUCAUGGACAUGUACACAGCUCUCUUCUUUUGCUAUGUAGACAAAGGGCAAGCCAGAAUUAUGGCGCUUUAGGUAUGAUUGAAACAUUGCAUGCACACUAAGAUUUAUGUUAAAAAAAGUUAAUUUGAAAUCAGUAAUACGCUUUUUUAUAUAUGUGAUUGACAUGCUGUUUUCAUAGGGUAACUCACAAAGUAUAAAUAUAAGCAGUGCCACAUCAGCCUGUGAAGUGCACCCUUCCCAUUGAAAAAAUGUACAAUGUCAAAAGUGUAGUAAACUCACCAAUUCUAUAAAGAUGUUACAGAAUGUG